GCGGUCCUCGGAUCUUCAGCCUCCCCCGCCCCUCGCCGGCAGUGCCCGCCGAGCCGGGCCGCCCCCCUGCGCAUGCUCGUUGCCGCGCGGGUGGGGAGCGCCGGGGCCGGGAGGCGGGCACCGGUCGCAGGUCCCUCCGGGCAGGGGAGGCCUGGGCCUGACGCCGGCCACGCAGCGGCGGGAGAGCGAGCACCCAGGCAGCGGCGUCCUGGAGACCCGCGAGAGAUGGAAGCGGCGGCGACGCCGGCGGCGUCCGGGGCGGCUGGGCGCGAGGAGUUAGAUAUGGAUGUAAUGAUGCCCUUGAUAAAUGAACAGAAUUUUGAUGGGACAUCAGAUGAAGAACAUGAGCAAGAGCUUCUGCCUGUUCAGAAGCAUUAUCAACUUGAUGAUCAAGAAGGCAUUUCAUUUGUACAAACUCUUAUGCACCUUCUUAAAGGAAAUAUUGGAACUGGCCUUUUAGGACUUCCAUUGGCAAUAAAAAAUGCAGGAAUAGUGCUUGGACCAAUCAGCCUUGUGUUUAUAGGAAUUAUUUCUGUUCACUGUAUGCACAUAUUGGUACGUUGCAGUCACUUUCUAUGUCUGAGAUUUAAAAAGUCAACAUUAGGUUAUAGUGACACCGUAAGUUUUGCUAUGGAAGUGAGUCCUUGGAGUUCUCUUCAGAAGCAAGCAGCAUGGGGACGGAGUGUGGUUGACUUUUUUCUGGUGAUAACACAGCUGGGAUUCUGUAGUGUUUAUAUUGUCUUCUUAGCUGAAAAUGUGAAACAAGUUCAUGAAGGAUUCCUGGAGAGUAAAGUGUUUAUUUCGAAUAAUACCAAUUCAUCAAAUCCAUGUGAGAGAAGAAGUGUUGACCUAAGGAUAUAUAUGCUUUGCUUUCUUCCAUUUAUAAUUCUUUUGGUCUUCAUUCGUGAACUAAAGAAUCUGUUUGUACUGUCAUUCCUUGCCAACAUUUCCAUGGCCGUCAGUCUUGUGAUAAUUUACCAAUAUGUUGUCAGGAACAUGCCAGAUCCCCACAACCUUCCAGUAGUGGCUGGUUGGAAGAAAUACCCACUCUUUUUUGGUACUGCUGUAUUUGCUUUUGAAGGCAUAGGAGUGGUCCUUCCACUGGAAAACCAAAUGAAAGAAUCAAAACGUUUCCCUCAAGCAUUGAAUAUUGGCAUGGGGAUUGUUACAACUUUGUAUGUAACAUUAGCUACUUUAGGAUAUAUGUGUUUCCGUGAUGAAAUCAAGGGAAGCAUAACUUUAAAUCUUCCCCAAGAUGUAUGGUUAUAUCAAUCAGUGAAAAUUCUGUAUUCCUUUGGCAUUUUUGUGACAUAUUCAAUUCAGUUCUAUGUUCCAGCAGAGAUCAUUAUCCCUGGGAUCACAUCCAAAUUUCAUACUAAAUGGAAAAAAAUCUGUGAAUUUGGGAUAAGAUCCUUCUUGGUUAGUAUUACUUGUGCUGGAGCAAUUCUUAUUCCUCGUUUAGACAUUGUGAUUUCCUUCGUUGGAGCUGUGAGCAGCAGCACAUUGGCCCUGAUCCUACCACCUUUGGUUGAAAUUCUUACAUUUUCUAAGGAACAUUAUAACAUAUGGAUGAUCCUGAAAAAUAUUUCUAUAGCAUUCACUGGAGUUGUUGGUUUCUUACUAGGUACAUAUGUAACUGUUGAAGAAAUUAUUUAUCCCACUCCCACAGUUGUAGCCAGCACUGCACAAAGUCCUUUUCUAAAUUUGAAUUCAACUUGCUUAACAUCUGGUUUGAAAUAGUAAAAGCAGAAUCGUGAGUGUUCUAUUUUUGUCUCAUUUCUGAAAAUUAUCAAAAUAACUAGUAAAAUGCCUUGUCAUAUACUUAAAAAUGGUAACAAACUCCAUUUUCUUUUGGCACAAUAUUAAUAUUUUGGAAGUAAUUGUAACUCUUUACCAGCAGCGGUAAACCUAUGACAAAUCCUUGGUUUUAAGUGUUAGCAAUAGUUUCAAAAAAUUAAGUUCUGAAAAUUGAAAAAAAAUUAAAGAAUAAAAAUACUUCUAUUAGUCUUUUAUCUCAGUAAGAAAUAACCAGGAUAUUUCUCUUUUAUGCUAUUCUUUUGCCACUAACUUGAGAAGGGAAUAGGAUUUCAACAAUAAAAUAAUAAAAUAAGAACAUAUAUACAACAAGGGCUCUCCACAUCAUCCCCGUGAAUGCCCUAGUAAACUUUAUGUAUAAUGUAAAAAAAAGAAUCUCAGUUAUGGUUUCAUUAGUGAGCCAGAUAAUAAUGAUUAGCUCCUGGAAAUAUAGAAAAUUCUCAUUAACAUAAUGUAAGCAUCAGAAAAUUGUAAACAAUAAAUUAAUAUUAUACUCUAUCAAUGAUAGUUGAUCUUCAUAAUCAAGAGGCACUGUUCAAGAACCUGACUUAGUGUUUGAAUGAAAUUUGAAAAGGGGCUUUAAAACUUAUCCAGUGGAACUCCCUUAUUUUUCGUCAGAGGAAAUGGAGGCCCAAAAAAGUUAAGUAACUUGGUCAAGACCCCUCAGCCUUGAGAUCAAGAGAACCUAAUCUCUGACUCCCAGGCCAGGAUGUUUUAUUUUUCACAUCAUGUCCAAGAAAAGGAAUAAAUUAUGUUCAGCUUAA